UGAUUUCUGGCGAAAAUCAAAUGUUCUCCUCAAGCCGCUGGGCAUGUACUGUAUGCUAUAGGCUGCCCUAAUGUACAGGGGAUGAGGAUGAAGAAGCACAUGUAUCUCUCCGAAUUUGACAGUCUCUCUUUGGGAAGCCAUUCAUUUUUUUAGGAUUUUUUAUUUAUUUAACAAUUAUUUAUCAUCUUGUCUGAAUAGACAUUAUGUCGGAUUCCGCGGACACGGAAGAUAAUCAGGAUAUGUUACCGAGUUUGGUGGAGCAGAUAGUCCAGCGGAUAACAGCGGGAGAGGUCCCUAUCAAGAAUAUUGAGCGGGAGCUCAUUUGUCCAAUUUGCAAGGAGCUGUUUACUCACCCGCUCAUCUUGCCCUGUCAGCACAGCGUGUGUCAUAAGUGUGUCCGAGAGCUACUUCUGUUGAACCAUGACGAUUCUUUCGAUGCCGGGUCGGAGUGCUCCCUCCCGGGGAGUCCCGGACCUCGAUCCAGAGUGCCGUCGCCAAGCAUGGAGAGGCUGGAUAGGCUUGCAAGAUCAGCCACACUGCAGAGAAGGUCGUUUGGGAGGAGAGGCUCCGUCUCCUCACCGGGAUGGAGGCGUGGCUCUGUCACUCCCCGGGUCACGACCUUCCCGUGCCCGGGCUGCCAGCACGACGUCGACCUGGGCGAGAGGGGCAUGAGCAUGCUCUUCCGGAACUUCACCCUGGAGAGCAUCGUGGAGCGCUAUCGCCAGGCGGCCCGCGCCGCCGUGGCCAUCAUGUGCAACAUGUGCAAGCCGCCGCCACAGGAGGCCACCAAGAGCUGCAUGGACUGCAAGGCGAGCUACUGCAACGAGUGUUUCAAGUUUCACCACCCCUGGGGCACCCCCAAAGCCCAGCACGAGUACGUGGGACCCACCAUGAACUUCAGGCCCAAGGUGCUCAUGUGUCCGGAGCAUGAGAUGGAGAAGGUGAACAUGUAUUGUGAGGUGUGUCGCCGUCCAGUCUGCCACCUUUGUAAGCUUGGCGGCUCGCACGCCAACCACAAAGUGACAACGAUGAGCAGUGCCUACAAAAUCCUCAAGGAGAAGCUGUCAAAGGCUAUACAUUUUUUGAUCAGUAAGGAGGACCAAGUGAAGACUCAAAUUUCUCACCUGGAGGUUCUGAUCCAUCAGACUGAGGAGAAUGGCCAGGUGGCGGAGCGACGAGCCAACGAGCACUUUGAACGGUUGUUCGAGACCCUCCUGGAGCGCAAGUCUGAGAUGCUGCGCUCAAUCGAGGAGUCGAGGACACGGCGCCUGGAGCAGCUCCGGGGCCAGGUGGACGAGUACCAGGGCAUGUUGGAGAACAGUGGCCUGGUGGGCUACGCCCAGGAGGUGCUCAAGGAGACAGACCAGUCCUGCUUCGUUCAGACAGCCAAGCAGCUACACACCAGGAUCACCAGAUCCACAGAAUCCCUGCGGACCUUCCACCCUGCCGCAGAUUCCUCCUUUGAUGAGUUUGCGCUGGACACUUCUAGAGAAGAGACCCUGCUGAAGGAGCUCUGUUUUGGUGGAGUCCCCGAGCCUCCCAUCAUCGACCUGUCCCGCAGUCGCGUCUACAACGAGGGCCUGCUGUGCUGGCAGCUGGCCGAGGACGCCUUGGCCACGGACCACCAGGUGUUGGAGUACCGGCGGCUGGGCGCCGAGCCGGACGAGGAGGGAGGCAGCCGCUGGCUCCUCACCGACCGGGUGUAUGGCUCCAGUGCCGUGGUGUGUGACCUGGAGGCCGACAGCCUGUACGCGUUCCGGGUGCGCUGCUGCCGAAACUCCUUGUUCAGCCCCUACAGUGCGGAGGUGACUUUCCACACACCCCCUGCCCCAGCGUUCGGCUUCCUGUUCAAUGACAAGUGUGGCUUCAGCUCUGAGCGCCUGGUACUGAACAAGAGGCGCGACUCGGUGGAAUGCGUGGCCGGCAUGACCUUCCUGCUGGGCGCGGACCGCGUGCAGACGGGCAGCUACAUCAGCCUGGACUACAUCAUCAGUGACACGGGCAUCUCUCAGGGCAGACACUACUGGGCCUUCCGGGUGGAGCCCCACUCCUACCUGGUCAAGGUGGGCGUGGCCUCGGACUCCAAGCUGCUGGAGUGGUUCCAUAACCCUCGGGAUACGAGCAGCCCAAGGUACGAUCAUGACAGUGGGCAUGACAGUGGCAGCGAGGACACGUGCUACGAGCUUUCCCAGCCCUUCACUCUGCUCACUGUGGGCAUGGGCAAGGUGUUCAUCCCGAAAGCCUCCUCUGUCGUCGGCGACCGGGUUCUGCCCAUGCCCCAGCGCAUCGGCGUGUGCCUGGACUACGAGGCGGGCCGGGUCUACUUCUACGACGCAGACACCAUGAGGUGCCUUUACGAGCGGCAGGUGGACUGCUCCGGUACCAUGUACCCCGCCUUUGGUCUGAUGGGUAGUGGCAGGGUUCAUCUUGAGGAGUUCAUUACAGCGAAGCGGCUGUCCUACAUGUGAGGUUUUGGGCCUUCCACACGCCAAAGUCUCUCGCUUGCUCUCAACUUUGUGUCUCUGUUUUCAGUCAGGUAUAUUUUUGUAGUGAUUUUUGUGUGCGUGUGUAUAUGUGUAUGCACCAUUUCAGCUAAUCGUCAUGCCAUUUAUUUGUUUUAAUAAAUCACCUUUUUAAGUAGCACUACAACACCAGUAAAACGUAGCCAAGAGAAGCCCGAGGAGCUUUGCUGCUGCUUCCAAGCCUCUGUGCCUUUCAUGAUAAAAAGGGUUUCUAGCGAACGCUUUAAUCAGUCAAAUAACUGUGCACAUCAACGAGGUCAGUCAUCGCUCCCCAGUGUAAGCCACAGGCUCCCCUCCAUUGCUGAACGCCUCGGGAAAAAGACUAAACGUGUACCUAAUCACUUUUGUUUGUCUGAAUUCACGGUCAAAACUACCCAGCUACACAGAAUUUGAUUUGGGCACAAGUUUUUAUUUUUAUAGGUUGCGUUUACAAAUAAAGAUACACAAGCAUGCUGUUUUUGCACAAUCCCACUACCUGAUCACUAAACACUACUUCAGUGCACAUUUGUCUUGAAUUGUAACACUAAACAUUCACGUUCAGGGUGGAAUUUUAAGUUGAGAUGCCCAUUAGUUGGGAGUGAACGAACGCUGUUCUCAAGUUCGAAUGAGACACACUAAUAUGACUUGUUGAUCAUGAACAUUGUUAAUUUUGUCCUCACACUGUUGUCUCUGCAACUGUUUUUUGUUUUAGUUUUUUAUAACUGAUGUGAAACUUCAGAAGCAUGGCUGGUUCUCACUACACAACAUGUUAGACGAGCGUUCAGAACAUACAUUGGAGAUGUGGAUUGGCUCCUGUGAGUUAGCUGGGACAUCACAGGGUUCUAGGGCACAACACAGGACUGUUCAGGCGGGUGCAAAGUUCCAGAAUGUUCCAGUUGACAUGUAUUGUGUAAACUGACUUGAAACAUCCUCGUAAUGGCAAUCUUUUUGGUUGUAUGCAUUACUUCAAUCUCGUUCUGAAUGUUUGACCGUACUGAACAAACCCUUGGUUACUUCUGGCUACCCACAUAGGUCUCUAUUUGCCUGUAUUUUUUAUUUUAUUUUUUCUCUUGAGGUUGAGGAUAAUUGGCGUGGUUUCUCAGGUUUGUGGCCCACUGGCCUUUAAGCUACCUACCUCCUGUCAGCCCUGGAAAACCUUUAAAACUAUACCUUUCUCCUCUGAACACGACUUGACUUUGCUUUGCAGCUUCUGUUAAUUAAUUACUUUAUCAUUCUGUGAUAUCUCUGCUUUUAAGAUUGUUUGUGUCAAUAAUAAACUGAAAUUAUUUGAAAUUUUACCUUUAUGUAUGUACAUUGUGAUUAGUCAAAAGCUGCAUAUGCAACAAGGUUUUCAUAAAAGCUUAAGGCUAUUUACAAAGGUGAGAGAUUAUUAGCAAUGGGUGGAACAUUAAUUGGUACUACAUGUAAUCACGUCUGGCUAUUUAUCAAGGGAUCAUUUUAAAACACCCCUCCUGGGGGUUUUUUGGUGUUGAGUCCAUACGUGUUGAGUAUUCUAGAAUAUAAUGUGUAGCAUUAUUUAAAUGGUCUGCUUGUCUGAGUUAUGUAAGGUAAUUGAGGAACCACAUAAUCUGUAGUAUUCAAUGUGUUUUCUGUCUGCUUCACGAUUUGGUGCGCAUAAUUCACAUCACGGCACUUCUGCACACCAACCUGUACUGUUUUAAAAAUAACUGAAACACCUUUUGAAAGUCUAUGCACUUAACAGGUUUUGGGGCUGUUUUACCAAUCACAGAAUGUAGUAGUAGUAGUAUUAUUUGCUGAACAAACAACCGAAUGUCUCUGGUGUUUGUGUACAUUUGCUAAUCUUGGGUCAUCUCACUGGUGGCCACAGCAGCUGUUUAUGUUAGAUGUUAUGGUAAAGGGGUGUACUUACCGUGUGUGUGUGUAUUCAUGCCACAUUGCUGAUUUUUAGGAAAGGGAAUGAUAUGGCUUUCAGUAGUAUGUUAAACCAAAUAUUCUGCAGACACUCCGUCUGAUUGGUUUAGGCUAGCACUUUAAACAGUAGCAUUUAUGGCUGUGCAGGUCUGUAUGAAUUGGUGUGCAAUAUAACAUAGACUGCAGGAUGUAGGCCUGUUGUAUUCUCCUGCUCCAAGUGAUGGGGUACGUGAUGUUGGCUUUUUGUGAGUGGAAUGCUUUAAUGGACGUCAUUCUUUAAAUACUGCGCUUUUUUUUAAAUUUUAUUUGCUGUAUUGGAAUUUGUAUGAAAUAAACUAUAGUAUGUUUUAAGCCA